AUGUUAUCGAAACCUUGGUGGACUCCAAGACCGCCGAAGAAGUGGAAGACCUCGUACUGCUCGCACACCGAAGGUCGACGAGGCCGUCAGAAAGUGGAUAGCAAGAAACGCGACUCGGAGCGUCUCGACGAUGGCUCGCGACUAGGGAAUCUCGCGGAAGUCAAUGGAAUGGGUCGUCCACGAAGACCUUAA